AGAAUCCAGCGCCAUGGAAGAAAUCCCUCGUACACCGAUGCUUACUGUUGACCUCAAGAGCUCUAUUUCAGUUGACUUUAAAGGAGUUCUUAAGCGGCACAUAUUUAACCAAUAUGGCGAAGACCCAGACAACUACAGUGAUGAAAUGGCGCAGCUUAAUCAAUUAAGAGAGUCGGCGGUUACUCCAGCACGAGAUUACUCAGGCUGUCGAAUUCUGCGUCGAUAUUUUUGUCAGCUGCAUUUUCUAGAGGCGAGAUUUCCUCUACAUGAAGGAGGGGUGGCUUCUUUGCCAUUUACUUGGACUGACAGUUUUUCGGGCAAGAGUAUGGCAGUGUCUGAUGUGUCAUAUGAGCAAGCGUGCAUUCUGUUCAAUUUGGGUGUUUUGCACUUGCAGCUUGGAGAUUAUGACAGUCGAACUACUGAUGAAGGUAUGCGUGUUUCGUGCACGCAUUUUCAGUGUGCUGCUGGGGCAUUCGACUAUGUCAAGGAACACUUUGCUGCUGCUGCUGCUACAUCGGAUAUGGGCAGUGAAAUGAUGGCAUUAAUGACAAGUCUGAUGCUGGGUCAAGCGCAAGAGUGCAUGCUCGAAAAGGCGAUGCACGAGGGCAAAAAGGGGAACAUUAUGGGUCGUCUGGCAUGGCAGGUUUCGAGUUACUACAGUACUGCUCUCCUGUUAGCCGAGAGUCAAACUAUUGAGAAGAUUAUCGGCAAGAAGGCAAAGCCUUGGCAGCGACAUUGCAAAAUCAAGACUCUCUACUUCAUGUCGUUAGCUCAGAUGUUUGCCGCAGUAUCGUCGGGAGAGCAAAACAAGGGAGGAGAACGAGUUGGUUACCUUCAGCUGGCGAGCACAAACAUUGGAGAAUCACUGAAGCUUGCAAAGGAUGAUGCAAAGAUGAAAACUCCGUUGAGCACUGCUGCUGAAACCAUCAGCAAAAGGUUGGAGCAGGCUAUUGGUGAGAAUAAUUUUGUAUAUCAUGAUCCUAUCCCGGAUGUUGCUCAACUGCCAGAAAUACAAGGGACAUCAAUCGUGAAGCCAAUUGCUUUUCAGCCAAAUGAUCCCAGUGUCUCUGGAGCAGACAUCUUUGCUAAACUUGUUCCAAUGGCGGCACACGAAGCAUCAUCUGUAUACAGUGAGGAAAAGGCAAAGAUGUUGAGACGAGUUACUACUUUAGUGGAUGACAAGAAUGAAGAGCUGAGCAAGGCAAUGGCAUCGUUCAGCUUGAAUGAUCUUACUAACUCUUUUGAACGGGAAAAAGUACUUCCUGCUGAACUGGAAACAGUGUUUGCGGGGAUGAAAGGAAAAGCUAGCAGUUUGACGAAAUUGAAGGAAAUGUUGGCAGAACUGGACUCUGUCACUGAGAAAGUAAAGGCCAGCUUGGAACGAAUUGACAACCUUCUUCAAGAAGAUGAAAAUCAAGAGAAACUCGUACAAGCAAAGUUUGGCUCUCGUCCAGCUUCAAAGACUCCGGAAGAGAUACGAAGGGAAUGGAAACAAUAUUUGGAAGCUUUUACAAAGGGGGCACAGACAAAUGCCGACGUCAAAGUAAAGUUUGAACACAACAGUAAUUUCUAUGACCUUCUUACUGGAACAACCGAAGGACUUCUUGCUGCUUUGCCAUCUCGAAGUUUACUAGACAUGCCCAUUGAUGAAGAUGUCGUGGAAAACCUACAGAAGCUGCUCGAUAAAGUGGAGAAGAUGAAACAGCAACGUGCACAACUACUAGACGGCUUCAAACAGGAGCUUGACAAAGAUGACAUCACCAGUCAGAUUGUGACACACGAAGGAGAGACAAAAGAUGAUUUCUUUUCUCGAGAAUUGGGCAAGCAUAAGGGGACUGUUGACCUGAUACAGCAAAACAUUGAUGCUCAGGAUCGUAUUCUUGCUGCGCUGACUGAGGCGAAUGCAAGCUAUGCAGGCACACGUCGUGUACUACAAGAAGUUGAGGUGCAGCGCAAUGAGACUGUACAGCAAAUGGCGCAGGCUGUUGAAUUGUUUGAUUCUUUAGAAGCAAGAGCAAGCAAAGGCCUCGGAUUUUUUACUCAGUUGGAAGAGAAAAUUUCACAGGUAGUGUUUAAGUGUGAAGAGUUUUGCGAGACUCGGAAGCGUGAACGACCAUCCGUUGAACAAGCAGCUCCACCUUCUUCAGGUCAUUGUGCCUCCUCUUCAGAUGGCAGUUCGGAUUCACGUGGUGUGCCAUCAGGAGGUACUGGUGUACCAUUGCGAGCUAGUCUUCCUCCAAAGCCGGCUCAUCUUUUGAAGCCAUCGAUAACGUCUACAACUGCUUCAUUCAGUGGUUUUAUAGCUGGAGAUGGAGGACCGAUUAUGUCGUCUGCAUCUUUUCAAUCACUUUCACUACUGGAUGUACAGUCUCGGUCUAAUGUUACUGAAACUGUUGAUGAUAGUCAGUUACAUCCGUCAUUGGGCAAUUUACCAACCAACUUUCAACCCAUGUCAGACAUUUCUGGGUUUUCUUCCCUCUCUAACAGACAUCAUUCUACACCCGUCGCUUCAUUUUCUGAGAGAGUUGUUGUAGGACAGUCUCUCCCAAGCACAGCAAUUCAGUCUAUGGUGUCACCCACUACUACUAUGGUAACAUCUACUGCAGGUGGCACUCUCCAACAUCCAGUUGAAAGUCACGGUUUAUCCGGGCCUUUGCCAAUGAGACCGACAUCAAUGGAGAUAGGAGAUGGUAAUGUUACGAGCAGUACUUAUUGUGAUCUCCUGAAAAGGACUGUUGCUGAGUUUGAGGACAAGUUGAGGAGCUUGUCUCAAGUGUCGCCAGAUGAUGGCAAGUAUGGUCUCACCAAGGAAUGGGAGAAACUAAGUCAAUAUGAAGCCGAUAACUGUGCUUUGUUUACCACGAAUGUUGGUCAAGCCCAUCCCAGCAAGAACCGUUCAGCCAAUGUAAUUCCAUACGAUCACAACAGGGUGAAGAUUCGUGGAGUUGCUGCUGAUUACAUUAACGCAAGUAAUUUGAAUAUGGGUGUGGGAUCUUCACGAUACAUUGUGGCUCAGGCUCCUGUUCCUGAGACCAUUGAAGAUUUCUGGACAAUGGUGUGGGAAUAUGAUAUUCCAGUUAUUGUUAUGCUUGCUGCGGAGAUUGAAGGAAGAACAGUUGUUUGCCAUCGUUAUUGGCCUGAGGGUGGAGGUCAUGUGUUGAAACUUGGUUUGCUGAGUUUAACUUUGUCGAGUCAUCAAGAAGCCAGUGGUUGGGUGAUUAGACAUAUUCGUAUUAAGAACACAAAAAGUGAUGAAGAGAAGAAGGUCAUCCAUCUUCAAUUCACAGCAUGGCCUGAGAGUGGUGUUCCUCAAUCGCCAAACGAGCUGACCGAGUAUGUUGUCGCUGUUGAAGCAUCAUACAGAGAGAUCUCAUCUGAUGAUGUUAGUCAUCCAUUGCUGGUUCAGUGCAGUUGUGGUUCAGGCAGAAGUGGUGUGUUCCUGGUAUUGCAUUGUGCCAUAAGAGCUCUGCAGGCUGGAAUCGGAGCAGUUAAUGUCCCGGAUGUCAUGCAAGGAAUGCGAAAGCAAAGGAUGCGACUCAUCGAGGACAAGGGACAGUAUACGUUUUGUUACAGAGCACUCUUACAUUUCGCACGUACGUGUCUGAAGGAAGCAGAAACAGCAGCGGGUGAAAUCACACCUUUGACGCCUGCUACUUCAAAGCAAUCGAUGCAGUCGACAGACGAGACGACCAGUGUGGAUCCACUCGAGUCGAUUAAUGCUUUCUGGAAAGUGGAAUCUGGUGUGCUCGUUAACAAGACGGUGGGCAAGGCUACAGCGGAUGAUGAGAAGUCAGACGGUAAUGUGUUGCAGUUUGAUCCAUUGGUGGCGAGCCUUGCACCUGAUGGUGUGGCUGAGUCUUUGAUUUCUGAGGGAAAUCUUAGUGUGCAGCCUGCUGUCGUAUUGUCCAGACAAAAUCCUGUUUCGUAUGGCACCGGUGGCACUUUGGUGCACAUGCUUGGAUCGGCUAUUCCCUCUGUAUUGUCUCCACAUGCAAUGACAUCGACAGCAACGAUGAGAUUGGAUGAAUCGGAGAGAACACGAGAGGUUGGCGUGCCGCCUUACUUUCACACACUCUUGGCUCAAAAACAGAAGCAGAUUGAGAUGCAGACAAUGCAGCUGGCCGAACAGGCAAGAGAAAUUGAAGGCCUGAAGCGUCUGCUGAACGAGCGACAAGUUCAAUGCACCGAGCAGCAGAAACUGUUAGUUCAGAAGCAGGUGGCUCUUGACGAGCAGAACCGAGCGAUUACCGAGAUGCAGCAACGUUUGGGCGAGCAGAAGCACAUGGAGCAACGAAUCGAGCAGUUGACGGAGAUGAUGCUGCUUCAACAGAAGGAACAACUGGAACUACGGAUGGAGGAACGACAACGGCACACACACAUGCAACAGCAGCUGCAACAGCAACAACGCCAAAUGGAGGAAGAGAGAAUCAAACAACAACAAGACAAACAGAAACAGAAACAGAUGGAGGGGCAGCAACAGCAGCAGCAACAGCAGAAGCAGCAACAACAGCAGCAGCAGCAGCAGAAGCAACAGCAGCAGAAGCAGCAGCAGCAGCAGCUCCCGCCUCAAGUACAGAGACAUGACAACGUGCAACAAAGGCAAACACAGCCAUUCCAACAGCCACUGUUGCAGCCAUCAUUGCUGCCGCAGCCGCACAUACAACAACAAGUGCAGCCGCGUCAGCCACAGCCACACGGGCAGACUCCACACGAGUCAAGACAGAGACAGAUUCAGCAGCCGUUUCAAGUCCAGCCACAGCCGCAGCCGCAACAGGGAGGACAAUCUCAGGCACACAGACCGCCGCAAGAGUUACAGCAUAGGCCGAUACAGCAACCGCAGCAACAGCAAAUGCAACCGCCACAACAGCAGCAGAUGCUGGCUCAAGUACAUAGACAACACGAGUUGCAUCAACGGCAACGGCAACAGCUACAACAGCAACAGCUGCAGCAGCAGCAACAACUUCAACACGAACAGCAGCAGCAGCUACAACUGAUGCAGCAACAACCGACGCUCCAGCAGUCUGGACGUGCCCCCGGUACGUCGAUGCCUCCUGCAGUGCAUGGGUUGCAGCCGUCGCUUCCUUCUCAGCCACCCGAAGCAUCACCAUAUGCCUCGGGGCAGCAUUUGGGAUCACAGAUUACAAUCGAGCAAAAGCCACAAGGUCAGAUACAGAACUAUCAACCGCCAGGACUGGGACCGGUGUACUCUCACUCAGGUGGAUCGCAACAUCCCGUACCUCAACCCGGCAUCUCUCCUGUCCAAUCAUAUCAUUUCUACCAGAAGCCGGAUGCUCAACCGACGUUGGCAACACCAUACAAUAUGCUCCCACCACAGCAGAAUCGUUCUCAAACGUUUGCGGGACAAGAUCAAAUUCUGGUUCGUGGUCAGACGGCUCAAGGCGAUCCACAACUGAUGCAACAGUUUCAGCUUGUCCGCCCACCAGUGGGUCAGUCCCUCGGUCCCAGUCAGCCACCAAUGAGUCAUCAUCCGGGUGGUCAAGUCAGUCAGGGCAUGACGCAGAGACCCGUAACGCCGAGUGCUCACACACCUGGACACAUGCAGGUCACCAAUCAACCCACAGGCACACAUUUGUAUGUACAAAAGUAAGGAUGUAUGAAUUCGUAUUAAUGGGAUGUAGUAUGUAGUAGUAGCUGUGUAGACUGCCGGUUCAUCGCAUAACAGUGGAAGUCAAAUAAAUAUUUUCUCUACGUUUGUUA